AUAAAAUUCACACUCGCUCAGAUAAAUGCGCCCGCAAUAUUGAGCAGCGCCGUGAUGCAGCCUUUAUGAAACGCCGCCACGCUCUUGGAAAAAGAGCCACUACCGAGGCAAACCGCUUCAUGUACAAGGAGAUCCAAAACAAGACAUGCCUCCUCGCACCGGACACCAUCUUCGGUCCGUAUAAUGUUGAUGGAGAGUUGCAUCGCCAUGAUGUGCGUGAAGAGCAGGAGGGCGUCAAUCUCUAUCUUGACCUCGGGGUUAUUGAUGUCGAGACUUGUGAGCCGCUGCCUGAUGCGUGGUUGACCAUCUGGGCCUGUAACGCCACCGGCACAUACUCUGGCUAUACAGGAAUCAACCCCAACACCGUCUCUCUCCUCGACGGCUGGACAGCCCGCGACGACGGCACGACUGACGACGAGACCUUCCUGCGCGGAAUCUCCAAGACCAACGAAGCCGGAAUUGCCGAGUUCCUCACCAUCUUCCCCGGAUACUACGAUUCUCGCACAACACACAUCCACGUCACCGUCCAAUCCCACGUCAACAACACCGACACCAGCUACUCCGACGCGGCCAUCCAACACGUCGGCCAGCUCUUCUUCACCGAAGAGCUCAUCAACUCGGUUUACCAGCUCUCUCCCUACGCCUCGCAUCUUUCUACACUAAACAGAACCCUCAACUCGGAAGACUCGGUGUACUCCGUCGCCAAUGCCGAUGGAAACUCGGCUAUCAUCUCAACCCAGUUGCUUGGUGAGACUCUCGCUGAAGGGCUGAUUGGGUAUAUCACCAUCGGGGUGAACAAGAGUGCGUCUGCUAUUGCUACUACCGGCCAGGAUGUGAAUGUGCAGGGCUAUCUGCCUACGGUGUCUCUCUCGUCGAGUGCGCAGGCCGCUGCGAAUACCAAGGAUUUGGCCGAGGGAUACAAGGCGAAUGGUCUGAGAGUAUAGAUAGUGUAUAUCAGAUUAAAGUUAUAAAUCCCUUUCUGUUCAAAAUGGG